UUAUUCUCAGCUUCAGGACAUGCCUGGUCCCUGCUGCUGAAUGCAGCACUAUCAGAUUUGAAAAUCUGCUCCUUGGAAAGUCCCCAAAGGAAGUGUAGCAGGGUGUGGACCGAUUCGCACAUGCUUCCUGCCCUGAACACUGAGGAAAAUUAAAACUUCUGCAAUGGUAAAGCCCCAGGAGGGAUUUUUUGCUUGGUUUAAACAAACCCAGCCCAUUGUGUAGAAACGUCAACACACUCCAAGAGUGCUUUCCUUGUAAAUCUCAAUGCGCACUUAUGCCAUUGUACAGGUAGGAAUAGCCGUGCAAACUUUAACAAGUAAACUUGCACGAAGCGUGUUCAUCUAUUCACCUGUCUUCUGCCACACUUGCAGCGCUGAUCCGAUGUCUGAGAUAAACAGCAUGCUAAAUGUUCAUCCUGAACUGUGAGCAUUGAUCUACAAUCAGUAUGAAGGAUUAUCCUUUGAAACCUAAGGCCUGAAAUCUCAGACAAAAGAGACUGUAAAUAUUUUGAUGUGGAUUAAUAAAUAAGUCCCAAGCAAUCGAGUAUUUUUUUGAAUGUAGUGCAUUCAAAUAAUUUGGAGCCAUUUCACAGCGGAAAGGCCAUGGCCAAUGUUUUUUCAUCUUCUAUUUUCAAGCUGAAAAUAUUACUGUCACAGACACAUCCCCUGAAUGUUGACAGCUUAUUCAAGGUGAAGAACAUAUGGGAGAAUUUAGGAAUGGAUGAGGGGAUGGGAAAAUGUUUAGAAGAAGUAAUAAAGAACUUUCCAAAUGAACCUUCGUGGGUAAUGAAAAAUGCUCAGGUAGUUCUCAAGGGGGAUGAUGGGAAAGUGCUCUCUUUUACUUCAGGAAAAAAAGAAUGGAAAAUCAAUGUUUCUGCUGGAGACUACAAGUUCCGUGUGAAAGCCCCAUCAAAAUCUGCAUAUCUGGCCAGAUUACGGUCUCGGAAGCAACCCCUUAGCAUUAGAUAUUUUAAAAAAGUGGAAGAAGACUUGAAGACAUUUGGCCCAUUGACUCCAGCUGAGAACAGUUGCUUCAAGAUGGUCCACCAGCGGUUCCCCAAGAAAUCAAGUGAAAUACAAAAUAAUGCCCAGGUAAAAUUCAUCUUUGACAUGGAUGGAGAAAAUGUGGAAUAUGUAUUCAUUUCAGGGAACGGAGAUUACAAAAUGGACAUUACCCAUUCCAAUGGGCAACCUCAGUACCAUGAAUUACAUGUAAGUUCAGGCAACAAACUAGAGAAUUUCUCGUGUUCCCUUCCGACACUGGAUGUUGAUAACUUGGGGAGCAUUAAAAGUGAAUUAGCCCAAGGGAAUUUGCUCACCGACAGCCUAAAAUCAUAUUUUAAUCACCUUGUGGAUAUAUUGCCUGAAUAUUUUGAGGUAAUUGAUGAGAAGCUGCAAAUUUAUUUCACCUGCAAUGAGCAAGGCCUAUCUGUAAACUCCAAGUCUGGAGAUUGGAAGAUCAUUGUACAGAGUAAAGACGGAACAGUAAAUGUUGACUUCAGAUUGUAUACUUGGAAGCUGUUUUCAAAGCAGAACAAGGGUAAAACCCAUGAGCUUACUGUGGAAAACCUGCAGGAAAUGCGGAAAAAGGUCCGAUAUCUGAAGAAACUACCUAGGCGUGUCCAUGACGCAUUCAACAAAGCACUAGAUGUAUUUCGUGAUGAACCAUCAUCUUUGCAAAAGAAUGCUCACCUUAUUAUUCAAUGUGACGAAGGAGAGAUGGCUUUCAUCUCUGGCAAAGGGAAGAACAAAAUCGAUAUAUUCUACCUUAAGGGCGUCAUCCUUUGUAAGAUAUCUUGUACUUGGUUAAUAACCAUACUGAAGUUCUUACUGAGUUUGCAUAAAUCCAUUCCAAAGAUUUUGGAAACUGUAGUCCCAAUAGCAGUACGUGCAUUGCCAAGUUGUUUGUGAUGUCCUUUUCAUCAAGGCCAUUACUUGGGACAAAGCCGUUUCAAUGAUAGUUAAAUUGUAUUCAAGGUGAUUGCUGUAGGAACAUCAUUAUUGCCACAUGUUUUAAAUCUGCAUUAGAAACUUUUCCUAACAGGAACUCACUCAGUUGGUUCUUCCAAUAGGCAGAGGAUGUUGGUGUUUAGGUACUUGAAAUUGACCCCAUCAAUUUAACUAUUCUUUUAAGGCUGAAUUUUAGGGCAUAUUCUGGACAAAACAAAAACCUUAGCUUUGGAGAAAUUCAUUUCAAGAAAGACCCCUUUAUGUAUAUAUUUUGUACUAAUUUUCAUCUAACUGAUGCAGUGGUGGGAUUCAAUUUUUUAAAAUACUGGUUUG